CGUUUACACGCUUGAUUCAAACCACAUCAUACGAGUGUUUAAAGCGUUAGAUUGACGUUGAUCAAGCACAUGUGCCAGCUGAUGUUUCGUGAGAGAAGUUGAUAAAAUGCCAUUCUUCAUUAAAUCAAGACGUGGAAAUACAUCUGGAAGUCGAUUCUCCAAGGGAGGAUCUAAAAGGAAAAAUUCACAGAACAACAAUGAUCCGGGGUCUAAGAAAAGGACAAAACGAGAAGAUGAAGAAAUAGAAAGUGAUUCUGAUAUUGGAAGUGAUGUAGAAAACAACAAUCGUAAGGUUGAGUAUGAGUCAUCAUCAGAGGAUGAAGAAACGGCAGAGGAAAAGAAGCUCCGACUUGCCAAACAGUAUUUAGCACAAAUAGAAGCUGAAGAGGCUGAGAAAAGAGAAGAUGAGGAUGAUAUCAACAGAGACAUUGUGUCUCACAGAUUAAAGCAAGAUAUUCUGGAACAAACUGGAAGACUUCAGAGACAAGUAGCUGAUAAUGUAAGUAGCCCACAUUCGGAGGAUAUUACAGUUCUGAGAGGUCACCAGCUAUCUGUUACCUGUGUGGUUAUCUCCCCUGACAGUAGAUAUCUCUUCACAGGCUCAAAGGACUGCUCCAUUAUCAAGUGGGACAUACAGAAGAGGAAGAAGGUUGCUGUGAUACCGGGAGGGAGGAAAGGCACAGAGAAGCUACAUGUAGGACAUACAGACCAUAUCCUAUGUAUAGCAAUAUCAUCAGAUGGGAAAUAUUUGGCAUCUGGUGGUCGGAAUAAAUUAGUUCAUAUUUGGAAUCCUGACGAUUGUACACACAUCCACUAUUUCCCUGGCCACAAGGAUGCCAUUUCUAGUUUAGCCUUCAGGAAAGGAACACACCAACUUUUUAGUGCCUCACAUGACCGUUCUGUGAAGAUCUGGAAUGUGGAUGAUAGAACAUAUAUAGAAACACUAUUUGGCCAUGAAGACAGCAUAACGUGUGCAGACAGUCUGAGCCGUGACCGAGCGAUCACAUGUGGAGGGCGUGAUGGAAGUGUAAGGAUCUGGAAGGUCGUUGAGGAGUCACAGCUUGUAUUUCAUGGCCAUAAGGGAUCAAUUGAUUGUGUGGCUUUAAUUAAUGAAUCUAACUUCGUAUCUGGUGCUGAUGAUAACUCUAUAGCUUUGUGGGUGGUGGCGAAAAAGAAGCCUCUAGUUACAAUUCAGAAUGCCCAUGGCAGAAAGGAUGAGGAUGGUGAUCAGAACAUACACAAACAUGUGGCAUCUUCAGAGAACUGGAUCACAGCAUUAACCUCCCUCCAACACACUGACCUCAUAGCAUCAGGUUCCAAAGAUGGCUGUAUCAGGUUUUGGAAAGCAGGAGAGAAUAUGAAGUCCCUAACACCUUUAUUUACUGUACCGGUGAAUGGCUUUGUCAACUCCUUAAAGUUUUCCAAAGAUGGAGACAUGUUAGUGGCAGGUAUCGGGCAGGAGCAUCGAUUGGGGAGAUGGUGGCGGAUCAAAGAGGCCAGGAAUGGGGCUGUGGUCAUCAAACUUAAACAGAAGUCAUGAAAGUUAGAAAUGAACUUCACGAUCAAGCUAAAGCAAACAGUUUCCUCAUAAACAAUUGGAAAAUGAACUUAAUCAUCAAGCUAAAGUUAACAGUUUCCUUGUAAACAACAGGAAAAUGAACUUCAUCAUAAAACAGUUUUGGAAAUGGAAACUGUAAUCUAUUGUGACCAAUAAAAGAAACAAUGAAAUAGAAA